AUGCUGGGAUUCUUUUCUACUGUAAAACGUGCGUAUUCUGCGUUUCCAGCCACUGCUUUCCAUCCAACCAUAUAUGCGUUGUCCACACCGCAAGGUCAGCGGUCGGCUCUCGCCGUUAUACGGAUAACUGGAUCGCACUCGCAAUACGUUUAUCAUCGCAUAACUCGAUCUUUAAAACACCCAAUUGCCCGACGAGCGUCACUCAGAGCACUUUAUGAUCCGCAGGAAAGUCGCGAAAGUCUUCUUGACAGCUCAGUAGUACUUUUUUUCCAAUCUCCGCUUUCGUUCACCGGCGAAGACAUGCUCGAGCUCCAUGUGCAUGGGGGAAAAGCCGUCGUAAGCAAAGUUCUCAAGGCCCUUGAAGCGCUCAAUAACCCCGAGCAUAAUAUAAAUAUUCGGUAUGCUGAAGCAGGCGAAUUUUCCAGACGUGCGUUUCAAAAUGGGCGCAUGGACCUCACGCAAAUCGAGGGCGUUGGCAAGCUUAUCGAUGCAGAAACUGAAAUGCAAAGAAAAAGCGCGCUUUCAGGGUCUACUGGUGAGAAUAAACUUCUGUUCGAGAAGUGGAGAACGCGAAUUUUAUCUAAUGUAGCCAAAAUUACUGCAAUAAUCGAUUUCGGCGAAGAUUCAGAGAUCGAAGACAUCGAACGCGUUCUAUCAUCGGUUGAGGGCGAUAUAUCAGAAUUAGCACAGGAAAUUUCAGCAUUUCUCACAAGAAUUGAGCGUUCCAGUCUCGUUGAGAACGGAAUUCGAUUAGCGUUGGUUGGAGAACCCAAUGCGGGGAAGUCAUCUCUGCUAAAUUGUAUUACAAACGACGAGACGGCCAUAGUAAGCAGCAUUCCAGGCACAACACGCGAUGCAAUAGACGUGGUGCUCGACAUAGACGGUUACAAAGUAGUAAUCUGCGACACAGCGGGCAUAAGAGACGGAAGUAAGGACGUGAUUGAAGUCGAAGGUAUCAAAAGAGCCAAGUUGAAGGGUUCCCAAAGCGAUAUUGUUCUACUUGUUCUCGACGCUUCGAAAAAGCCACUUAUUAAAUCAUCUCUGCUAGAAUACAUCAAAAAUGAAAUGAGGAGUAAAAAAGUCGUCAUUGUGCUCAACAAAACCGACAUCACUGAUGCGGAAAGUCUGCAGACGAUCAAGAAUCGCAUUUUAGAUAAACUUUUCGUGGGCACCACCGUGAUACCUGUGUCUUGUCUCACUCAUAGUGGCGUGAGUGAGCUUAUCGCUGAAUUGACCCAGGAGUUCAAGAAGCUGACCAUGUACGAAGACGGCAAAGUUCUUGUAUCAGUUUCUUCCAGAGUGCGAGCCAUCUUGAAAGAAGACGUUAUACGCGGAAUUCACGACUUCAAAACCUUUUACCAUGUGGGUGACGAAGUGAUGGCCUCGGAAAACUUGCGUAUGGCAGCGGACGGAAUUGGUAAAAUCACGGGCGACGCCAUAGGAAUAGAAGAAAUUCUGGGUGUAGUAUUCUCGAGUUUUUGUAUCGGUAAAUAG